AUGACAGCACACCAAAAUGGCACCAUCUCCAUUGAAGUUUCAGAUUUCCUCCUGCAUUGUUUUGUCAGGUCUCCCAGCUGGCAGUUUUGGCUGUCCCUGCCCCUCAGUGUUCUCCUCCUCGUGGCCAUGGGGGCCAAUGCCACCCUCCUGAUCACCAUCUGGCUGGAGGCCUCUCUGCAUCAGCCCAUGUACUACCUCCUCAGCCUCCUCUCCUUACUGGACAUAGUGCUGUGUCUUACUGUCAUCCCCAAGGUCCUGGCUAUCUUCUGGUUUGAUCUCAAGUCUAUAAGCUUUGCUGCUUGUUUCCUACAGAUGUUUAUCAUGAAUUGUUUUCUUGCCAUGGAAUCCUGUACAUUCAUGGUCAUGGCCUAUGACCGUUAUGUAGCUAUCUGCCAUCCCCUAAGGUACCCAUCGAUCAUCACUGACCAAUUUGUAGCUAAGUCCAUGAUUUUUAUAUUGGCCAGGAGCGCCCUUUUGACAAUACCUAUUCCUGUUCUAUCUGCACGACUCUCGUACUGUGAGAGAAAUGUUAUUGAGAACUGUAUCUGUGCCAAUAUGUCAGUUUCCAGGCUUUCCUGUGAUAAUGUAAUCAUUAAUCGUCUUUACCAGUUUGCUGGAGGCUGGACUCUGCUAGGAUCUGACCUCAUCCUCAUCUUCCUCUCCUACACCCUCAUAUUGCGAGCUGUGCUAAGACUCAAGGCAGAAGGUGCUGUGGCCAAGGCACUAAGUACGUGUGGCUCACACUUCAUCCUUAUUCUCUUCUUCAGCACUAUUCUUCUGGUCUUUGUUCUCACUCAUGCUGUGAAGAAGAAAGUGUCUCAUGAUGUGCCAGUCUUGCUCAAUGUCCUCCACCAUGUCAUCCCUGCAGCUCUCAAUCCCAUUGUUUAUGGAGUGCGCACACAAGAGAUCAAGCAAGGAAUCCAGAGAUUAUUAAAGAAAGGGUGGUAA